AUGGAGAAAUCAACUAUUCCCGUCCUGCUAUUACUUUUACUGUCUUUUGUCUUGAGAUCUGUAGAUAGUUUCGAUCAUACCGUGAAACCCCACUGCCCCCCUGAGGAGGAGGUGUGUGAGUUUGAUUGGAUUAUUGACUAUGUUGAGACUAUGAUUUAUUACGAUGAAGAUGGACGUGGAAAUCCUAUCGUUGUCAGAAAUGGUACCCUCUUCCAGCGUUCAGGUUGUAAUGCGCUUAUCCCAAUUGAUAUUAAUAAAGAUGCGGAUAGAGCUAUUUUUGCAGACGGUAAUUACAAAAUGAUCUACAGUAUUAACAAACAGUAUCCGGGUCCUUCAGUUGUGGUGUACGAGGGACAACAGGUUGUUGUAAACAUCAAGAAUAAUUUACUAAUGGAGGGACUUACGAUUCACUGGCACGGGAUGGUUCAAUGGCAUACACCUUGGAUGGACGGUGUUGGAACUGUAUCACACUGUCCAAUCAACCCAGAGGAGACUUUCCAAUAUAGGUUUUUGGCUGAUCCUCCUGGAACCCACUGGUAUCACUCUCACUUAGGAACAGAACGUACAGAUGGUUUGACAGGGGCACUGAUUGUGCUCCCUAGACCCGACAAACCAGAGAAUCUGAGAAGUGAUUUACCAGAGUUAUCCGGGGACUUUGUCAUGGUAUUGACAGACUGGAAGCUUGACGCUUCUGUUGAGACCAAAAAUGAGGCUGACUGGGGUUUGAACACAUUUUCAUAUGGAUUUAACGAAACUAAAUGCUACUCAUUUACAUUUGAUGCCACGGGAGGAGCGGUGGGUCUAUUUCCUUUGGAAGCAGCCCUUAUUAAUGGCAGAGGUAAUCAUUAUCUUAACAAAGAUAAUCCGGAACAGCCUGAUAUACCAGAGUUACCAUUGGAAACGUUCAAUGUUGAGCGAUAUGGUUAUUACAGAUUUAGGGUUAUCAACUCCGGCAUGCUCUAUGGUUUCCGUGUAUCUGUGGACAAGCAUGACAUCCAAAUAAUAUCUGUCGAUGGUAAUGAUGUCACAAUGACAAGCGCCGAAUCAGUAAUGGUGUUUGGUGGCGAAAGAGUAGAUUUCAUAGUACUGGCUUCGGAAGACAUUAACAAUUAUUGGGUGCGCGCACAGACUUUGGAAGUAGGCAACAGUGAAGGGCCUUUAAAUCCUGAUACUGCACUUGCUGUCUUGAGAUACAGCGGAGCUCGUGUCGCAAAUCCUAAAACUGAUCGGUAUCAAUGCAGACCAAGAGAUCAUUGCAAGGCUGUUAACUGUCCCUUUGGGUGA